AUGUUGCACAGGCUGGCGGUAUAUCGACAAUACGUGCCGCCUCAGUAUUACAAGCACGUAUCCAAGGAGCUUUGCAUAUCCUCUUCUGUACUCAAGGAGCUGGAGGAAACCACAGAGUGUCUUAUUAGCUUCCACAAUACUCUGAAAAAUGAAAUUACCAUCAACCAACAAACCCAAAAUGACACAUCUCAAGUAGACGCAACAACCGAACAGAUGCUCAAUGGCAGCGCCAAAGAACCUUUGAACUUGCUUCUCGGGUACAUCCAAUUGGCCGGCUAUGUGACGUUGAAUUAUCAAUUCGAUGCCGACGCUGCUUCGAAUCCAAUGGAUGCAUUUUCCAAACAUUCAUCGUGGUGGCAUAAUAAGGACUACUCACAUCAUUAUCUGGACAACGGCAAGGGCCCAGACGAGGACCUGGAUCCACAUGAACAGAUCGCCAAGGUGCCGUUUGUUCGCCAACCGAAAUUGGUCAUAGGAGGACGGAUCGCAGGUAUCAACGAUCUUCCCCUGGACGGUUCCAAAACGAUCAAUCGCAGUAACAGACAUCUUCUCCAGGAUCUCAUUUGCACUUUCAAUUCCUUUCCUACCCCUGAUGGCACUCAAGACGACGAAAACUUCAUUCCAGGCUCGGAAUUGGUGGAUGCCAUAGUUCCCUUUUAUACCACAUCUCAGUCGAUACUUUUCACAAACUUGGUGAUGAAGCCAAGCGAGACAAAAACUUUCCAUAUAGCUUUCCCCAGCCCCAAAGGUCCACCUUCGUACAAUUUCAUGCUGACAGGUCCAGCAUGCGACCAAGGAUGGGUCAGUAUACGAUACACCAUGAUCGUUGGGUUUCAAACUGGACCUUCUCACGAACAAGAAAAGGCCGUUUAUUUUCCACUCCACAUCAAAGUUCCUAGAAAACCUGGUGACGAACGAUGGUACCAGCCCAAUUUUCUCAAGCAGACGGAAGUGAACAAAGACUGGGCCAUUGAGUUAAUAAAUGAAGACGUCUCGAAGACACGAGGCAAGACUCCGGAACCUUCUGGGGAAACCAAGGAGGCAUUUUUGGAAGAUCUCCAUCGACUUAUCGACUCUGAUUUGUACAAUAUGCCUCGAAUGUCGACUGGCGAACGCAAGAAGAGCUUCCAUGACCCGUCGAAUGGCGACAAAAACAUUAUACCUCAAAUUCCCGUGCAUCAUAAAACGAGCUAUCAGAUACGGGUCAAUGCACAAGCGCUUUGUACCGUCCAUUUCAGCAAGCCAUACUACCAAGUGGGCGACAGCUUGGGGUUUAUAUUGGAAUUGGAGCCGGUUUCCACCACCAGAAUCGCCGGUUUCGUGGCGCAUCUUGAAGCUCACGAAGUGUUCCACACUGGAGAAAAAGACGUUACCAACGUGUAUCGUGUAUCUCCACCAGUAAAAGGUAAUACCCUCGCUGCCGCGUUUCAAAAUGGGUCCUCAGAAGUGAGUGGUCAGAUAUACAUUCCAACUCACUUGUGCCAGCAAUUUCAGAGCUCCAAUUUUAUGGACUUGAAAUAUUUCGUCGUUUUCAAAUUCAACAUAUUUGAGCUUGACGUGGAAGUCAAGGAUAGUGAAGGUUACGAUGUGUACAAGUAUGGAGCCGAAGGUAACGAAACCACGUUUCGACUCCCGAUAGUAGUAGUGGCCGGUAUAUAG